AAAUGCUAGACUUGAAGAAAAGGAAGACCUAAAUCUAAAGUAAAACGGUACCUGCUCUCAGAAAGAGUCGUGUUCGCUUCCUUCACUUUCCCAUCUUAACAGUCAUUCCAAGUCUUUUCGUUCUAGCCCUUCACCAGAAAAUCAAAUACAGCAACUUGAUCCUUCUCUCAAAUGGGUUCUGCCAUUUUCUUGCUUGUCUCUCUUCUCUCCCUUGUAUUUCCUCACUACAUUUUUCACGGCCAACCAUAUAUUUUUGUGACUGGAGACCCCAAUCUGAUCCAAAAGACUUGCAAAAGUACCAAAUAUUACGACCUUUGCCUGUCGUCUCUCAAAUCAGUUCCCACCAGUGUGAGUGCUGAUACCAAGGGAUUGGCAGUCAUCAUGGUUGGGGUAGGAAUGGCCAAUGCCACCGACACUUCCUCGUACUUGUCCUCUCAGUUGCUUAGCACUACUAACGACACUAUCUUGAAGAAGGUCCUCAAGGAGUGCGCAGACAAGUACAGCUAUGCCGGGAAUGCUCUCCAAGCUUCUGUCCAGGACUUGGCCGCUGAAUCUUAUGACUAUGCUUACAUGCACAUCACUGCAGCUGCAGACUAUCCUAAUGCUUGCCACAACCGCUUCAAACGGUAUCCGGGACUCAUUUAUCCCCCAGAUCUUGCACGUAGAGAGGAUGGUUUGAAGCAUAUUUGUUUUGUACUUUUGGGAAUUAUCGAUCUUCUUGGCUCGUGAUUGCGCCUCCCCGAUCUUGUGCUGAUUUCUCCCUCACAAUCUGUGUUAUGUAUAUGUUGUUUUGUGUGUAUGUCCUCAGUGAUCUUUGUUUUCUCAGCCUGUAUAUGACAAUGAUUACCGGUGUGUAUGAUGCCUUAAUCCUUAUAAUACAGGACAUGAUAUAGCAUUUAGGCAUUUUGCUUUAAA